AUGAGUUCGCCGUGGAAAGAAGAACAAGAAGCGACGCCUCGCACCAGUACACCUCUGAGCCCCGAAGCGUUCGCCGAAGACCUCCGAUUAUUCAAUCGCUCCCCCCAUCCAUACCACAGAAGCCGGCGCCUCGGAUCAUGCACUCCCUCCGAACACGGCGACCGUCUCCACCCGCUCUCCUCCAACUCCAGGUCCUCGCGAACAACCAGCGACAGUGGCACAGAGGCAGACGAUGAAAGCACCGGUAUCCUAAGGGGAUUACCUGCCCCGCCGCUCCGUCCUCGAAAAGGCCUACGAUCUGGUGGAGUCAGUCCCACUGACCUCGAUGACUGGCUGCCGAGCUUGCAACCGUGGCCGUCAUUUGUGCGGCCUAUGUUGCGGACAUCGCGACGGAGCUCGGAGGAGGAACUCGAGGAAGAGGCCUUUGAGGAAAGACAGAGGUCCAGAAGCCAGAGACGGGUGGAGGUCCUCCGGCGGUUAUUGGAGACUGCGCUUUUGCUGUCUGUGGGUGGUGUGGUCUUGUAUCAAGACGGGGCGCGCUCUUUAGCUUGGGAAUGGCGAAAGGAAAUUGCUGCUCAUGGCCUCGUGGUCUUGGGUCUCUAUGCCGCCUAUCCGCUCGUUGUUCGUGCAUCACAGGGCCGAAGCUGGCGCAUCUGGCGCAUUUGGUCUACGAAACGGACCUACUUCUCAAUACCCUCGAGCUUCGAUCCGGCUCCCCUUCUCUAUCCGAUCCUUAUCCCCAUUUUCGUUUCGUUGUCGUUGUCCAACCAUCUUCCGCCACUUAUCAUGCCCAAUAUCAUUCUCAGCCUGUCCUCUUUACCAACGCCUGUUAUACCGUUCCAGAACCGGACCAAUGGAUUCAAUACUCUCCAUUGGAUAAUCUCUAUGAUUCCCAUUCUCGUUGCCGAGCAUUUCUCCUUGGACCAUACAGUGCCCAAACCAUUGACGCUUCGCGGGCUCGACGCGGAAUCUUUAAUACUUCUUUUCCCUUUGCAUCAAGCGUUGAUACCCACUUUAGACUUUUUGUUGACGACCAGCAUUCUUCCCGCUGAGCUGCAGCUUUUGACAACUGCUUUGAUCAACUUGUACUUGUUUGCGGCCUCUCCCCAGAUGGAGAUACUCAAAGCCUUGUUAUGGCUUGGAGGCAUGUGUUUGUUUGCUUCUUGUCGACAUAUACUGCGUUGGGAGAUUUCUUUGGCCAGAAUCCCCAGCUGGAAAUUCCGCCGCGCUCCGCAUGGCUCGCAAUCUCCCCGCAAAUUCCUGAACAUGAUGGACCAUCGACUUUGUGAGAAGUUGAGUAGAACGGGGCAUGUCCCAUCGGACGAUACUUCGUCGGACAGUGAUGGGCCCAAUGGGUUUCCGUUUUCAAGGCCGCGUAAGACUAAGACCAUGCGAGAGAAUGGCUCUUCCCACCCGCCGGCAGAGCCGGCAUCUGCAGUUGACAAGAUCACGACGGAAGACAUUUUUGAGCAGCAUGCUCGCAUUGUGCAUCGACGACGCCAUACCAUAUCUACAUUCGAUGAAGCUGUUCGAGAAGAACGUGUUCGCACCACCCCUGGUGGUAGACGCAAGAAAAUGAUGGGUCCUGGUCUGGCCUCCUUCCUCUCCCUUACUUCAGCCCAGGCACAGGUCCGCAAAUGGCUGUACGCCUUUUACGUCUAUGUUUUGUCCUUGAUUAUCAUCCUUGGACCUAUCCGAACGUACGUGGCAGAGCACGCACUGCAAGGCCAGGAUCCGUUUGGUUGGGCUAUAGGCUACUUGUUGGGAAAUUUCUCGAGGAUUCGCUUUUGGGUCCUUAUGUUGAACCUUGAGUACUGGAUUGAACUGCCACCUCGCCCUGAUGCAGAUAUUCUGAGUGCCUCCUGCUUCUUCGGAUCGAUCGAACAUAUUCGCCAGGCUACUUUUGGGGCCGCCAUCACCCGUCUACUACUCAGUGGCUACUGCGUGUUGAUACUACUGACAGGCCUGGCUAUUGUGGUUAAGCUCAGUUCUGUUGCUGAGGUUGAUACGCGUCGCAAGAUUUUCCACGGCAUGAUGGUGGUUAUGUUCCUUCCCGCUAUAUUUGUAGAUCCAGCCUUCUGCGCCAUGGCGCUAGCCUUGGUUCUCUCCAUCUUCCUUCUAUUGGACCUGUUCCGCGCGUCUCAACUACCUCCGAUUUCGCGGCCACUCACCUAUUUUCUUGCCCCGUAUGUGGACGGCCGUGAUCACCGUGGCCCGGUCAUCAUCUCACACAUCUUCUUGUUAAUUGGAUGUUCGAUACCCCUUUGGCUGUCACUUUCCGAUCUUCCUCGGACUGGCCUGGGCCCCUGGGCUGGUUGGGAGAUCCCGUCACGAGAUGUGAGCAUGGCCAGCGGAGUUAUCUGUGUUGGCAUGGGCGACGCGGCCGCAUCCCUCGUUGGCCGUCGGUACGGUCGACUGAAAUGGUUCUGGGGUGGCGGAAAAUCACUUGAAGGCAGCAUCGCUUUUGUCGCAGCCGUGACCUGCGGGCUGAUCGCGGUUCGUGCCUGGUUGGUGCUCGGUGGCUGGCCCGUGUCUGGGGUCGAAUCAGCUGAAGGGACUUUCUCUGCUCAUUUCUGGGUCUGGACUUCGCUCAAGGCGGUUCUGGCGGCAGCCGGAACGAGCGCCACCGAGGCGAUCCUUACUGGCUGUAAUGACAACGUCGUGGUCCCAGUGGUGUUAUGGCUGCUGGUGCGGGGUCUUGGCGUUUGA